GACUAGUAAAGGUAAGUCACUUUGAAGUUUUACCUGAAACACACAUGAGUAUUGGCAAAGAAAUAUUAAGGCCAUCAUCUCAGACUCCUGUUCCUCUCUUCCUGGUUGGUUGUAAUCUUACUGCGUUCCUACUCGUGUAUUUAUGGUAGAGCCCUCCGCCACACGGAAGAAAAGGUUCCAGCUAGCUAGAAACAACACAGGGAUGUAACAUUUAGUGCGUCGGUUGUUUUUCGCGUUUUUAAUAAAUAUAAUUGCGCGAGGAGACAUUUUUUAUCAUAUCUUGUUCUCAAUUAUUCCUGAGUCGACAUGGCGACGUGCAUUCCCUUUCAAACCCAGCUAUCCUCUAUAAUGGAGGUUUUGGUUAAAGCAGCAGUGACAGAGAUAUCUAAACUAGUCGAUGACAAAUGUGCGUUUUUGCAUCUCGAAAUAUCCCGAAAGCAAAGCGAAAAUGAAAUGCUGAAAAGGAAAUUACUAAUGAUGGAGAACAAAAAUGCACAGCUGCAGCGCGGCUUUGAAAACUACAUGGACAGAGGAACUGAUGUGGGGAACUGUCCGCAUCCUACAGGAGAUAUUAAGUUUCCUGAUAUUGAAGACGCCACUGUUUCGUUCACAAUAAAAGAAGAGAGUCCAGAUGAGAUGCUGUGGAUCAGUGAUUCUGCUGGACCGAUCGGUUCUGCUGUACAUUACCGCACAGGUAAUGCUCCGGAGAGCCAGCAGUUUGAAGAGGACCGUCCACUAAACCAUUCCGAGGUUGCCACAAGAAAAUCAUCCGAGUUCGGUGACUUGUAUAACUCUGGUCAGCAUGCGGGAGACAUCGGCGGCCCUCAGUUCACCGUCAAGACAGAGAAGGAGGAGGACCGAUCCCGAUUCAGCCAGGAUGGAUGCCAGCACGGUGCGGGGAAGCACACUCAACUUGCUGCCGACUUUUCCGUGGACGAUCGAGAGAAUCAGCUCUGGACGUCCAUAAUCGAAGGGAAUGACAUCGAUGCCGGCUUCCCUGACUUUUCCAGUGUGGUAGAGGAGUAUUCCAACACAUUCCCGGACCAUUCGGAUGUUCACGUGGUUUCUAACGCCGCCAAGUCUGCCGGCGUGCAGCAGUUGUCCUCUCAGAGGCCGUGCAACGGGAUCUACAGCAGUGAGUAUCAGAAGGACGUCCCACAGUUGUCCAGUUUUCAACCCAGAGCUCAGGCUGGCCUGCUGCAGCCGGACAGGCAGAAGGAACAAGGGUACUCGCAGAGAAACCCCUCACAUGUUGGACAUGCGAGGCAGCCGGACGAACACACUGAGAGGGAGGGUGCGGCUGGAGAUAGACCGGCCGUCAGUCGCUCGCACAACACUUUGACAACAGGCAGCUUCAAAGCUCUCUCGGGCACGUCGCGAGGCUACUCCUGCUCGCACUGCGGAAAGACGUUCGGCCGCCUGCACCAGUUCAAGCUGCACCAGCAGAGCCACAAGAGGAAGCGGGCGUUCUGGUGCACGGUGUGCGGGAAGAGCUUCCAGUGUUCGUCUCACCUCAGCAUACACCACCGGACGCACACGGGCGAGAAGCCGUACGGCUGCGGGCAGUGCGGGAAACGGUUCACGCAGCAGAGCAGCCUGAGGGUCCACCAGCGCACGCACAGCGGGGAACGGCCCUACAGCUGCUCGCUGUGCGGGAAAAGCUUCAUCCUGAUGCACCAUCUGAAACGCCACAGAAUCAUUCACACAUACAGCUGAGAGGGAGAGACGUCUACGGCAAUGUUGCUCAGGUGAAAAAGAUAAAAAGUGACCCCUCAAGAACACACCAAAAAAGCCAGUGAGCCAGAUUUUUUUUGGGGGGGGGGGUUGGGAUUUGUAAACUCAUUGCAUUGCUCAUGGACUUUGUAUAAUAAUGCAUAUUCUACUAUGCAAAAUGGAUUUUAAGAUGUUUGCUUCUUUUUUUAAAUACUUAUAAUUAUUAAAAAACUGAAUUGCACCCUCAAACAAAAAUCACACAAGUCAGUAUUUUUUAAGGCACCUCCAAUGCUAGAAAUCCCAAAAAACAAGAUCUGAAAUGUGGAGUCAUUAUAAAGAAAAAUCUCAAGUGGAACUAUGCCUUACUUCAUCUGAGCACUGAAACUGUAGAAGCACAAGGCGCUCAUUAUUAUCCCCAUAAACUCUCCCCUUUACAGUCAGCAGAGGGCUUUCCAUUCAGAGCCAGUGAAGAAGCACCUCUCAGGUUUAUGUUGUGAUGUCAUAGUUGGUAAAAAGCUGCCCGACUAUGUUGUUCCCAGUUAAAUUUUUCCAUAAAACGUAUCCCCAAAAUCCUUUACCCUCCUUUGUUAUGAUUUAUAUUAAAGGAUCGUUUGAAUCAGCA